AUGGCAAGCGCCCAGGGGAACGGACAGGCUGCCUUUUCGAUCCCAACAGUGGACUUGAAGGCAUAUCUGACCAAUCCCCACUCUGCAGAAGCUGAAGGUAUCGUCGAACAGAUUCGCGUGGCUUGCACAACGAGCGGCUUCUUCCAGGUCACCGGACAUGGCGUACCAGAGGCACUCCAGGACCGCGUCUUUGCCGCGGCCAAAGCCUUGUUUGCGCUGCCGGAUGACGAGAAACGAAAGCUGAGUGGGAAGCCUGGACGCGGAUACGAGAUCAUCGGCACGCAGACACUGGAAGCUGGCAAGAAACCAGACCGGAAAGAGGGGUACUUUAUCGGCCGUGAGAUAGCCGGCAACAAGCCACCAUACCGGCCCUUUCAAGAAGCCAACAUUUGGCCCGCCCAACUCCCGGAGUCCCAAUUCCGCCAACCGCUGCUAGGAUACCAUCGCGCGAUGUCCGACUUGUCGUUCCAUCUGAUGCGCAUACUUGCACGCGGUCUCAAGGACUUUGACACCACCGUCUUCGACGAUUUCUGCCGCGAUCCCAUCGCCGCGAUCCGACUUCUUCAUUACCCACCACACCCAAACACCGAGGAUGCCACGCUGGUCGGCGCGGGCGCGCACACCGACUUCGGCGCCAUCACGCUGCUCCUCCAGGACGGCCAUUCCGGGUUGCAGGUGCUUAACCAGUUCUCGGGGGAGUGGACGGACGUUCCGCCUCGGGAGCGCGCCUACGUCGUCAAUGUGGGGGAUAUGCUGGAGGCGUGGACGAGCGGUACGUACAAGAGUAAUGUCCAUAGGGUGAUCAACUCGUCCGGCACGGAUAGGUAUUCAGUCCCUUUCUUCCUGGAUGGCAACGCCGAUUGUGUUAUUCGGCCGUUGGACGGGUCCCAUGGCAAGCCGUUUACAGUGGAGGAGCAUAUGCUGUCGAGGUAUGCUUCGACUUACUAG